GACGAGCGGGAGCGGGACGGAGCUGUCCCCGAAUUUCAGGUUCAUUCUGUCGGAUCUACCCACUGCUGCGGCCCCGGGACAUCUACCUGUGUGGACCCUGGACCGAUUCAUUUUACCAGUCUGACCGCAGGAAGACCGCGAGACCACCGGUUGAUUGUGGGAGCUGUAGACGAGACAGUCUGAGGAUCUGACUCUGGGUUCACUGUGUGACCGGCUCUGUUUAACCCGGAUUCAUUUAAACAGGUCAGUUAAACCAGGUAAUUAGCCCAGGUGAGUGUGAUCAGGUGAUUCCUCAUUAGUUGAUCCGAUGUCUGCUGCCUCCUUCGCGGUGGAAGUCCACACGGUGUCUCGCUGCGCUCCCCUCUGCACAAUGCUGUUAAAGUCCCGCAGAUCCUCCGGACCCUGAUGCUGCAGAGACCCUGAGGCCACACCGGAGAGUCUGACGGAGGACAUGCUUCCGUCCGCGCCCUCCAAACGGGACACAGACGGCCGCUGCAGCCGGGACAGAGCAGCUGCGGCGGCUGCGGACGCGGAUGCGGCGGAGCGACUGCGCCCAGUGCGGGAGAGGCUCGAGGCCACCGUGUCCGGGCUGGGGGAGCUGGAUUACCUGCGGCAGCGGCAGGAGAUUCUGGUUCGGGCCGCGCUGGAGCUCCGGGAGGAGGAGGAGGAGGAGGAGCGGCGGAGGGAGGCUCAGCUGAGCUCCGAGGAGAAGCUGCUGGAGGAGAACAUCCUGCUGCUCAGGAAACAGCUGAACUGCCUGAGGAGGAGGGACGCUGGUCUCAUCAGUCAGUUACAGGAGCUGGACCGGCAGAUCAGCGACCUGCGACUGGACAACGAGGCGUCACAUGACCAGCUGGAGACUGACAGCCGACCAAGUUCAGGUUUCUAUGAGAUGAGUGACGGGGCGUCCGGCUCUCUCUCUAACUCGUCCAACUCAGUCUUCAGCGAGUGUUUCUGCUCAACAGCAGAUGUUGACGGACACCUCCCAUCUACAGAUGAGCUGACCAGCUGUUUGGAGUGUAACGGUCUGGUUGGAGGACUUUGUGAUGACUUGUCCUCUGGUACAGUUCGUCGUUCUCUCUCAGUUCCCCACCCGCCCACCCUGGAUCCCGUCCCCUUAGUGGCCUCCUGUGACUCCCUGUCUAAGUACCACUGUGACCUAGUGGCCCGGAAUGGCAGCGACUUGUACCGGUACCCAAGCCCACUGCACGCUGUGGCUGUCCAGAGCCCUGUCUUCCUUCAAAUGUUGGGCCAUGGGAGUCACAGUAGAGACGAAGGGCUUCUAAAAGCCAUUGAGGCUGGUGUUGAAGGUCUCAAAGCAGAAUCUUGCUCUCUUCUCGCUUCUGUUUCAGCUCCUCUUGUACCUCAGAGUUCUUCCUGGCCUGCCUCUUCUUCUACCUCCCAGAUUCCUUCUCAUAAGCGUCUGGACAACUACAUCUACAGUCUGCUGCAGCGGAGAGCUCUGCCCAUCAGGACCAGCAGACCCAGGACCAGCAUCAGCACUGACCCGUCAAAGAGCAUUCUGAGGCAGGCCAGUCUCAGUGUGAGGCAAGUGUCUGGUCCCACCCCUGGGUCUGCUUUAGGUACUCCGAGGGGACCUGAACUCCAACCCACCUGGGAAGCAGGAGGAGGAUCCGCAGAAGGUACUGCCACCUCAUCUCCUCAGAGACAGUGGUCUGUAGACAGGAAAGGCAAGGACCAGGAGACCCCAGAUAGUUUCCAUAGCGGCAGCGAUGACACGCUACAAAAUGACUUCAAGAUAUACAACAGCGACAUGGCACAGAACCAGAAAGGCUCUUUUACUAAUGGCAUUGAGAAUGGCUGCUUCCUCACCAACAAGGACGUUAACACAAACACCAACAACCUGCUGAAAAAGACAAGCAAUGCAGCUCUACCUAAAGACUUCAGGGAGCUGGGCAGUCCCAAAGGUAACUCCACCCCAAAAGAAACCAAGAAACCAUGUUACCCCCCUGACCAAGAACUGCUCCUCAUAUCACCUCCAACAGUCAAAACACAAUCAGGAACUCAGAAUAGCCCCAAACCUCUACAGACUGGCCAGACAGAGAAAAGUGAUAGGUCAGGGCCAGACCUCGCCAGUCUAGGGUCUUCCUCCCAGAGUCAGGAUGAAGCAGGAGGAGAAGGAGGACGGAGUCACAUGGUUAAUGCCAUGUACAUCCCUGCCCAGCGGCAAAACAUCAAACUCCGCAAGGGAGGCAGCAAGCAUGUCAAGACAGUCAAGGGGAAGAGUACCACCACGAUGAAGACAAGUCGGGCCUCUGAACACGAUGAGCCUACAGAGAGAAAAAGGGAUGUGUCCCACCACAGAUCUAGUUCUAAGAAGUCCUGCCUACCGGCAGAUGGAUGCUCCGCCCACAUGAAAGUCUCAAACAGAGUACCUGGCAGUUCUCCUGGGGUGUCCUCGUCUAGAAUCAGACGCCUGCCUCUGUCCAUCCCAGAAGGCCGAGCCCUGGACAAACACACUGCAUCGACACUAAUCAGUUUGCGGUCAGGUGUAUCCAAGAAUCUCCACGGAAAGCACCAUCAUUACAGUGGUAACCACCGGCAUCAUCAUCAUCACCACACUCGUGACCAGGUUGUGGUCGUCACCAAACCAAAGCACAAACGAAAUGAUUACCGGCGGUUACGUGCAAUCAUGGAGGUCCCGUACGAUGAGGCAUUCAGGUGCACUCAGCGGCGGCAGAGAAAAGAGCCUCUCAGCCAUUCUGCAGCCAGCGUGUACCUCCCCUCCUCUGGGCAGCUGAGAAGCCCCUACUCUUACAUUGGAGGAAGUGAUUCAGAAUAUUCAGCUGAGUGUGCAUCACUCUUUCACUCCACCAUCAUGGACACCAGUGAGGACGAGAGGUCCAACUACACCACGAACUGCUUUGGAGACAGUGAAUCUAGUGAGGAGGAGUAUGUGGAGGAGACCACCACCACCAGUGACACUGAGGCGAGUGGGGGAGGUGGAGCUGGCAGCCAGCUAGAUGCAUCGGGGACCAGGGAGGUAGGUCAUGAAAUGACUUCACCUCAGGCGAAGGCCUUUGUCAAAAUUAAGGCCUCUCACAACCUAAAGAGGAGGAUCCUGAGGUUCAGGACAGGUUCACUCAAGCUCAUGACCACUGUGUGAGUCAGCCGGAGGCCAAACUGGACCAGAGCCAUACCUGCUGGGGUGCCUUACCCAUGCAAUUCUGAACCAAACCCACCUAUGAACAAAAUCUAGAAAUGCGGAAAAGAAAGAAUUCUACAGCGACAGUUAAACCAACACCAUGCCACUUUAUCCUGAGUGAUCCAAACCAGUCAUCCAUCUCUGUAAGAGCAUGUGUGACAUUUUUCCAGGCUGAUCCCCAACUAGAAAACAGUCCUUAUGGAUUUUUCUUUAAUUUAUUUUAUUUUUAACAUCCUGUCUUACUCUUUAGUUUUUAGACAGGAGGUACAUUCAGCGCCUUCAAACACAGCCUUCUGUGUUCACCUGUGGGGUCCUUCUGAAUGGCUCAGUGUUGUGCUAAUCAUGACCUCAGGAGUAGAAAUUCUCUAACUGCUCUGAGAAGUUGUGAAGUGUGGGGGUUAGUCAGCUUUCUGUGUGUACUUCAGUACAAUGUUUAAAUGCUAAAAAGGGAAAAAUGAGGUGUGUUCAUUUUUGUUGUCGGUAACCUGCAGCAGUGUGAGUGGUUCGACACACCAUGAACCACAGCACUGGGUUCUUCACAGAGAACAAACAUUUAAACACACACACACACAUUUUCUAUGGUUAUGUCUUCAAGGUUCUCACUUCCAACUUCCCACGUUCAAAACAAACAGCAUAAGAUGCUUUUUGGGAAACUACUGUUUGAGAAGAGGUAAUGGGUUGGUUUGGAGUUCGGAUUCAGAUAUUCAAAUUGGCCCUCUUCCCUCCCCUCUGUCUGUCCUGGCCCAACAUGCGCCUCAGCCAAUGUAAACCUGGCUUUUAGUUAGACCUGAGAGGUGGAAUCAAGGCCUCGGUACGCUUCAGUCCAGUAUACUGUCCAACCAGGUCUGCAUUCAAAAUGUGUUUACAGGGGAGGCAGGGUGAGAAACCUGCUGAUAUGGCCUCCUCCUGGCUGCAUAUACCUGCCUCCUCCAUCCCUCUCCAGACUACCAACCAGGCAAGAUGGGAAACUUCUCCAGGGCACAUUAGCAUCCAGGUUUUGAUAAUAAUUAAUAUGAUGUUUACAUAGAACAUAAGAUGUCUUGUUAUUCAUCUCCCCGUUUACAUGAUCACAACAGUAUCCAGGUUUCUGUGAGCAGUUGUGUCUUCAUUUACCAUCUCAGACAUUAAAUUCCAGGUUUCACAAAACAAUGUUAUCACUGUUUAAAGUGAGUGGGUUUGUCCAGAAUUCACUAUGAGUUUCAGAUGCUAUUAGAUGGUCUGAAAGGCACUUAGAAGCAGACUGUGGCCUUCAGUGUUUCUGUUGGACCUGUGCUCUCUGGUCUCUGGUAGAAGGGGGUUUUGGUCAGGUUUUCCCGAGAAGUGUUUGGAAAGUUCUUCAGAUGAUUCCUCAAAUGUUUCUUAGGACAUUUCUUAAUGUCUCCAGAAGGUUCUUCAAAGGUUUCGGUUGGAUCUCUCUGCAGUAAUCUCUUCAUUUCCUGCACUUUGAGAUAAAUUGUCGGUGGACAGGAUGGAUGAUGUAACCCUGUUAAUCUGUUGUAUGUAUGCAGCCUUGUUUUAUAUAUAUAUAUAUAUAUCAUCACAGAAAAUUUUGCCCUUUGCUGUAGAGCACCAACACAGCACGCUGAACGACUGUAAAUGCUUCUCUUUUUAUUACAUGAUCUUGAUUUAAGUUGUUAUUUUUUGAUGAAAGUUAUUUAAAACCUAAUAUAUUUGCAAUAUUUACAUAUUGGAUGUAACACAUGGUACUAACUGACUGACUGCUAGUAGAGUUUUACUGGCCCUGUGCUGCAGUUUCUAUAACAUUUCUACAGUAAGUCUCUUUCUUAAUACUUCCACCACUGUUGCCACAAUAACCUAAUCAUACAGCUUGUGAGGUGAAAACCAGUCUAACAUUUGGUUUAUUUUUCCGAUCUUGUUAUUGUCACUGCUGGGCGAAUAUCUUGUUCGCUGAUUUUGGUGAUUAUCCUGCCUGACCUGAUUCUCCAUGGUACCACUGUGGAUAAUUUUAUAAAGAACGUUUUCUUUUUUUCUUCAAACAAAAUCGGUUCAUUGGAGUUACAAGGUACAUAACUGUUUUCAGUCUUUUCUGUGUCAAUAUCACAGCAUGUUGCUGGUUCUUUAUCAAACCUGCUGCAUUGGGAAAUAAAGUUGCUGAGGCACGGUUGAAUCCUUGGUUAAAUGUAAAGGUUUUAUAUGACACAACAAAUUCUCACCUGCAAAUCACCAAAGCCAGAUACUCUGUUAACCAGGUGGGAAGUCGGUUACAACUUUGAUUUAAUCAGGUAAAGCACCAGUCCAACGUUUGAAUAAAUCAAGCUGUUUUCUGCCUUUUCCAGAGUCAGCUAUGUCAGAUGGAGUUGCAUCUGAGUGUGUGUCCAGCACAGAAAUAGAUCCAGUUUAUUGCACAUUUUCGUAACAGCAGAAUGUGAAGCAUAAAAACAGAUGUUAGAGUACAGCUGCUAUAAAAUGAGCUAAACAGACUGUAAUGUUACUGUAGGAUAAUAUGCUGGCGUUGCAUUUGCUGCCUUUCUUCCAGCAUUUUGUUGGUUUAUCUGUGGUUCUUGGUAUCAUCACUGUCUGAAAUUCACCAUAUCUCUGACUCUGACAUAUCUUUCAUACUUGGCUUCUCUUAAUUAUGGUUUAAACGAUUUGAUGUGAAUGCUGCUAACUUCAGUUACCUACAAACAGCUAGCAAAUCUUUUACAGUGUGUGUAGCUAGCCGAUGUUAUACCAGGAUGUUUUGAGCCUAUUUUAGCACAAACACAAGAAGCAGCUGAACUGUUAGCCAUCUUUCAACAACUACAAGUCUGUUUUAUUUGCAUGUAGUGUCUUGUUUAUUGUGUGUAAUAAACAUGACAAUAAAUAAACAGGAGACAUUGUGGUUUUAGUAGCAGUUAACACUGAGAUAAUCUAUUUGAGUGUUGUGUCCCUUUGGUUCCUUUAGCUAGUAAGUAAACAUGUUAGCUCUCUAGCUAACAAACGUUUGCGUCCUGGUAUCUGAGGUCUGUGUUGGGAGAAAUCAGGGUUCGUACAUAAUGUGUGCACUAAAAUUAACAUUAGCUUGUCAGCUAAUGUUAAAAUACCUUACUGUCGACAGAAACAUGGCUAUCUGAGAAUUCCCUCCGUAUUUUACAGAUUUUCAGUAGUUUUUCCACUUCUGAUGAGGCUAGCCCUCCUGCUCCCUCUCUUUAAGCUUUACCUCUGUACCGGACACACAGAGAAGCUGAUAUCCACCUGACAGGUCUGACUCUGGGGAAGAAAAGGAACAAGAGGAUUUCACCACGUUAGUUUGGUGAAGUUUACGGAGUUUUCUGACUUGAUUUCCAGUCUGCUAACCGGCUCGUGUCGAGACAUUGUUGGAGUUUGAUACUCAGCCUUAAAUGAGUUUGCUGGAAGUUCUUUAAAUUCAUUGUACGCAUCUGUUCUGGUCCGGAGUUUACAUGUUCCAGAUAUAAAUAGCUCUUCUUAAGCUUCGUUUCAGCUGUCACAUGCCAUCUCUCUGUUGAGAGCUAUUUUAAGUUGUUGUGACAGAUUUUUUUCUGGUAUUAAAACAAUUUUAUUUAAAGCUCCAGCGAGUGUUUAACAGCCUUCAACCAAAACUAAAACUUGACUGCUCCUGAGUUUAACCACCAAACUGCUUCAUAUCAAUCCAACGGUACCAACUUUUGUAAAUGAUCCGAAAUGCAACUGUAAGUGACUGUUACUGAUACUGUAUGUGUGUGUAUAUAAUGUCUGUGUAUUCUCUUAAUGGUGCUUAACCGUUUUAUGCUUCAUUAAAGGCGGACUUUAAUGUGAGAGUUUCAUUGUUCUGGGUUCAUCUGUUUCCUCUGACCUCAAAUCCUGGGCCCUGACAGCCUGGAGCUGGUAUCCAGUAAUAACCCUAACCCUGAUCACAAGGUAUUCAGUGUUUGUGUGCUAAGCAGCUUCACACACUCCUGACUCUGACCUCUGAAUGAAAUCUUUGAUCUGCAUAUUCAGAGUUUGUGGUCUGAGCUCACUGCUCAGCUUGGCUAACAAAUGUCCACGUCUGUCAGUCGCAGCAGGAAUCUGUAGUAUGACUUCACCACAUUUCAAGGUAGAUGAAAAAAGGAAAUACUCC